ACACAAGUAUUGUAGGACAAGUCAAGUUUUAGUUAGUAUAUUUUUCAAAAUGUGGAAGAUUUUUGCUCUUUUAGUGCACAUUUUGAUGCUUGGUUACAUAUCGAAGAUCUAUUUCCAAUCAACUGUUCUUAAUGGGAUGCUUCCGCAAGUGACGCACCGUGAUUUGGGCCUCGAACCACCGGCAGAUCGUCUUGUUGUGUUUAUUACCGAUGGAUUUCGAGCGGAGUCCUUCUUCCGCAAUAACUGCAGCGGGUUACCAAGUCUACGAAAUAUUUUAUUAAAUGAAGGCUUGGCCGGAGUAGCACGCACCUGUGCUCCCACUCAGUCGCGUCCUGGUCAUAUAGCGAUCUUUGGAGGCUUCAAUGAGGAUCCAGCUGCCGCUAUGACCAACUUUCAGAAAAAUCCAGACGUGUUCGAUACCGUUUUUAAUCGCACCGCAGGAACCUGGGGCUGGGGUGGUAGACCAGUGAUAACCAUUUUUAAUGAUUUGGUAACUAAGAACGGACCAGUCCACUUUGAGAUGUACACGUUGAAUGAAGAAAUGGGAAUCUAUGGAGCCGAUAACUGGGUGUUCAACAAGGUACGACACUUUAUGGCCAGCAAUGCAAAUGUGCUAAUGGUGAGAGAAAAAUUGCCCUCAAUGUUUCUGAUAUACCUGGGUGAUCUGGAUCUCGCUGGGCACUCGGCCAAGCCCAAUACUGCUGAGUAUCUGAAAAUAUUGAACAAUACUCAAGCGGGCAUAGCUGAAAUGUAUGAAUUGUUUGAGCGCACUUUCAAGGAUAAGCGAACGGUUUAUUUAUUGACUUCCGAUCACGGCAUGACCGAUUCAGGCGCUCACGGGGCUGGCAGUCAGCUGGAAAUUGAGGUUCCCUUUUUACUUUGGGGAGCUGGAGUCAAACGUGCAGCGCCCAAUGCUGGACACUUCUUUAAGAUUGGCGAACAUGGUGUGCGACGUCCACUACACGAGCUGGAUCAAGUGCAGAUGGCACCGCUGAUGUCAGCGCUCAUUGGACUGCCUCCACCAGUUAAUAAUAUGGCCACCUUGCCUUUGGGUUACAUCAAUGUCGGCGCUAAGCACGAGGCACAUGCACUGCAUCUAAAUGCGUUGCAGUUGCUGGCGCAAGUGAAUCGCAUGCAGCAGCUUCACCAGAGGGAUCGUAUUAUCGAUUGGCUCCCAAUAUUUGAGAGUCUUGAAGAGCAUCGUGUGGAGACCUAUAAACAACAAUUCCAACAUUUAAUGAAGCUCAACUACGCGCGGGAAGCAAUUCAAACCAGUCAAGAAAUGAUUCGGCUUUCACUCAAAUGUUUGGAGUCCUAUAGAAACUACUAUCGCAUUCCCUUAUCCGUGGCGUGCAUUGUUAUGUAUCUGGGCUGGCUCUACUAUUUGGUAGCCAAACAGGCACGCGCCUCGAAUGCACCAAAGCAUGAUUGGCUCGAUUUACCAAUAAUUAUAUUAUUUGUGCUGGAGAUUGUGCUCGCGUUGCUGCUCUAUCUGCACAAAGUAUCUUGCGGGACCAGCUUUUAUCUGCUGGUGCCAUUGCCGGUUUGGAUAAUGGCGUUGCGGGAGCGUGGACUCCACACCAAGUGCAUAGAGGCGCCACUCAUGCAGCUGGCUUGGAUUGUGUGCACUGCUGCGUUGCUCAUCGCCACAAUCCACUAUCGAGAACUGACCACCUUGGGCUACUUCGUUGUGGUAUGUAUCAACAAUUGGCGUGCAUUCACAAGACCCACUCUGAAGUUUGCCCUAUGGAUUCUACUGGUCUUGCUCUUGACUGGAUUUUCAUUGGUGCGACCCAAUCUGGGUUACCAUAGCAAGUGUUUGCUGUUCACUAGCAUGGUGUUCACUGUACUGCGUCCUCUGGUGCUGGGAGAGUCGCAUGCUUGGCGCGUUUGGAUCAGCAAUAGCGCCGCUUUAUUGCUAGGAGGUUAUGUCGUGCAACGUAUUUUAUGUGACAAGCCUAUAAGCCAAUGGCUACAUGGCACUGCCUGGAUCUAUUUGGUAUUUGCCCUCAUCUCAAUUCCGUACAGCAAUGCAAGAUCUCCGCGAACUCGCGUUCAGCUCAUUCUAUUCAACCUGAGCACAAUCUAUACGCUUUUGUGUCUCUCCUAUGAGUCAAUAUUUAUACAAGUGCUCUGCACAGAGUUCCUUAUUGGAGUAGAGGUGCGUGAUGAAAGCAAACAGUUGGAAGACGACGAGGACGAUAGUGAUGGCGAUGAAGCGGACAAGCCCGCUAAGGCGUUGACCUCAGUUCAACACAUACUCAACUGCUAUCGCUACGCUCUACUUAUAAUAUUCUACACAUACUUCUCCCUUAUUGGCACUGGCAAUCUGCCGCACAUCAACUCGUUCGAUCCGGAUACAGCUCGCGUGUUUGUCAGAGAGUUGUCGCCAGCUUUAAUUGGUUCACUGAUUGUGCUGAAACUUUUUAUUCCCAACAUCAUCAUCAUGUCCAGCAUGUAUGCAUUAUGCGCGAAGGCCCGUCAGAAUGUGCGUGGCAUCUUUAUCUGCUUGUUCCUUAUAUGUGAUGCUAUGUGCCUCUACUUCUUCUUCUUUGUGCGCAACAGUGGCUCCUGGAGCGGUGUUCGCGCCUCUUUGUCGAAUCUGCUGAUUGUGCAUGGUCUCCCUAUUCUAUUGAUCGUCUUCUCUUGGGUUCCCAAGCAGUUCCUCAGCGCUCUUCCCAUGACUAUGCUGCCCAUGCUGAGUUGGAAAACUGAUGUACAUAUCUCACAACCAGGACAGAGCCAGGCUUAAAUUAGUUCUUCACUUGGUCAAUUAAAAGUUUUGAAAAUUAAUUUUAGUGUAUGCAAAGCAAAAACAAACUUAAUAAAUUUCACGAGAUUUAUUUAA